GGCGUUUGUAGUCCCCACUGUGAAACAGAAAGAGGGAGCCACCGGGAGACUGGGCGAAGAGCGAGGCUGAGUCGCGGCGCCGUCACUGCGGGGACACCACUCCCACAGCAGUCACAGCGCCACCGCCAGCAGCCCCCUCCGCUGCCAGGGCCAGGGAAGGAAGACGGGGCGGGGGAGGAGGAGGAGGAGAAGGAGGCGGCGCCGCGGGACGACGAGGAGGCGAGACGGAGCCGGGGGAACCGCUGCGGGAGCGCGGCGCAGCUGAGGAGAAUUGGAGGACAAUCCAGUAUAUUAAUGUUUUACCAAUAAUGGCAGAGCAUCCACCGCUCUUGGACACAACUCAGAUUUUAAGUAGUGAUAUUCCUCUUCUACCUGCACCUAUUGUAAGUGGGGAUGGAGCACAACAGCUGUCCCUUUUCACAAAUGUUAUUCUGGUGCAAGUUAACCCAGGGGAAGCAUUUACGAUAAGAAGAGAAGAUGGACACAUUCAAUGCAUUACAGGUCCUGCUCAGGUUCCAAUGAUGUCACCAAAUGGUUCAGUGCCUCCUAUUUAUGUGCCUCCUGGAUAUGCCCCACAGGUUAUCGAAGACAAUGGUGUUCGAAGAGUUGUUGUGGUUCCCCAGGCACCAGAGUUUCACCCCGGUGGUCAUGCAGUGAUGCACAGACCUCCCCAUCCUCCUCUUCCUGGUUUCAUUCCUCUUCCAGCUAUGAUGCCUCCUCCACCUCGUCAUAUAUAUUCACCAGUAACAGGAACUGGAGAUAUGGCAACACAGUAUAUACCACAGUAUCAUCCUUCACAGGUAUAUGGAGAUCUAGAUUCAAUCUCUACACAUGGUAGAUCUAACUUUAGAGAUGAAAGAUCUAGUAAAACUUAUGAGCGUUUACAGAAGAAAUUAAAAGAUCGACAGGGAUCGCAAAAAGAUAAAUUAAGUAGCCCACCGUCAUCACCUCAGAAAUGUCCUUCUCCUACAAAUGAACAUAAUGGACUUAUAAAAGGACAUAACGUGGGUGGCUUAAGCACGGGAUCAGCAAAGAAUAAAACAGGAAAAGGAAAAGUCUCACAAAUGGAUACAGAAAUAGAAGAAAAGGAUGAAGAAACAAAAGCACUUGAAGCCCUUCUUUCUAGCAUUACCAAACCAGUGGUAUCAGACAUACAAGCAAGAACAGUAGUACUUACAUGGUCACCUCCUUCCAGCAGCAUUAAUGGGGAAACAGAGGAAAAUAAUGUGCCAGAACUAUAUGGUUAUGAAAUUCUGGUUUCAAAUACUGGAAAGGAUGGGAAAUAUAAAAGUGUUUAUGCUGGAGAAGAAACAAGUGUCACUGUAAACGACCUCAAGCCAGCAACAGAUUAUUAUGCAAAAAUACAAGCAGAAUGUAAUUCCAUAAAGGGAAACCCUUCAGAAGCUGAAAGUUUUACCACACUGAGCUGUGAACCAGAUGUACCCAAUCCACCAAGAAUUGCCAACCGAACCAAAAACUCACUUACAUUACAAUGGAAGGCACCUUGUGACAAUGGUUCUAAAAUCCAAAGCUACCUUCUAGAAUGGGACGAGGGGAAAGGAAAUGGAGAAUUUUGCCAGUGUUACUCUGGCCAACAGAAGCAAUUUAGAAUUACUAAGUUAUCACCAGCAAUGGGUUGCAAGUUUAGACUAGCAGCCAAAAAUGACAAGGGCACAAGUGGCUUUAGUGAAGAAGUCUUAUAUUACACCUCAGGCAGUGCCCCUUCCAUGCCAGCAAGUCCUACACUAGUUAAAGCUGGAGUUACUUGGUUGUCCUUACAGUGGAGUAAACCCUCAGGAACACCAUCCGAUGAAGGAAUCUCAUAUAUAUUAGAAAUGGAAGAAGAGACAUCAGGAUAUGGUUUCAAACCUAAAUAUGAUGGAGAGGAUCUUGCUUACACAGUGAAAAAUCUUAGACGCAGUACAAAGUACAAGUUUAAGGUUAUUGCUUAUAACUCAGAAGGUAAAAGCAAUCCAAGUGAAGUAGUAGAAUUUACUACUUGUCCAGAUAAACCUGGAGUACCUUUAAAACCUUCAGUUAAAGGAAAGAUACAUUCACAGAAUUUUAAAAUAACUUGGGAGCCACCAAAAGACAAUGGAGGAGCAUCUAUAAAUAAGUAUGUUGUAGAAAUGUCAGAAGGCUCAAAUGGAAACAAAUGGGAUGUGAUAUACAGCGGCACUGCUCGGGAACAUCUCUGCGAUCGCCUGACUCCUGGCUGCCCCUAUCGUCUACGUGUGUAUUGUGUUAGUGAUGGAGGACAGAGUUCGGUAUCUGAAUCGUUACUGGUGCAGACUCCAGCUGUGCUUCCUGGUCCAUGCUUCCCUCCCAGAUUACAGGGUAGACCCAAAGCAAAAGAAAUUCAACUACGAUGGGGACCACCUCAGGUUGAUGGCGGAUCACCUAUUAUCUCUUAUAGUGUGGAAAUGUCUCCUGUAGAAACUGAUGAACCCAGAGAAAUUUACCAAGGUUCUGAAGUAGAAUGCACAGUGAACAACCUUCUUCCUGGAAAGACAUAUAACUUUAGACUGCGUGCAGCUAACAAAAUUGGGUUUGGACAAUUUUCAGAAAAAUGUGAAAUAACUACAGCACCUGGACCACCAGAUCAAUGCAAACCCCCUCAAGUGACAUGUAGAUCUGCAACCUGUGCACAAGUGUAUUGGGAGGUUCCAGUUAGUAAUGGAGCAGAUGUCACUGAAUAUCGUUUGGAAUGGGGAGGAGUUGAAGGAUGCAUGCAAAUAUGUUACUGUGGACCUGGUCUCAGUUAUGAAUUAAAAGGACUUUCACCAGCAACCAUGUAUUAUUGCAGGGUCCAGGCUGUGAGUGUAGCUGGACCAGGCCCUUUCAGUGAAGUAGUAGUAUGCAUGACUCCAGCAUCUGUACCUGCAGUAGUGACUUGUCUUCAAGGAGUAAGCGAAGAUGAAAUUGAAAGUCCAGACUAUUCACCUUCUACAUGCCUUGCAAUAAGAUGGGAAAAGCCUUGUGAUCACGGUUCUGAAAUCCUGUCCUAUAGCAUAGACUUUGGAGAGAAACAGACUGUGACAGUGGGAAAGAUUUCAAGCUAUGUUAUAGACAAUUUGCAACCAGAUACAACAUACAGAAUACGAAUUCAAGCUUUGAAUAGCCUUGGAGCUGGUCCUUUCAGCCACACGAUAAAACUAAAAACUAAGCCCCUUCCUCCUGAUCCUCCUCGCCUGGAAUGUGCUGCCUACAGUCACCAAAACCUAAAGCUGAAGUGGGGGGAAGGAACCCCAAAGACAUUACCUACAGACUCCAUUCAGUACCACCUUCUAAUGGAAGAUAAGAAUGGAAGGUUUAUAUCCUUAUACAGAGGACCAUGUCAUACAUAUAAAGUACAAAGACUCAGUGAGUCAACAUCCUAUAAAUUCUGUAUUCAGGCUUGCAAUGAAGCUGGGGAAGGUCCCCUUUCUCAGAAAUACACUUUCACUACUCCAAAAUCUGUGCCAGCUGCCUUGAAAGCCCCAAGAAUAGACAAAAUAAAUGAUCACACCUGUGAAAUCACAUGGGAGGUUUUACAACCAAUGAAAGGUGAUCCAAUUAUUUACAGUCUUCAAGUUAUGGUGGGAAAAGACUCAGACUUCAAACAGAUUUACAAAGGUUCUGACUGGUACUUCCGGUAUUCAGGCCUUCAGCAGAACUGUGAAUAUCGCUUCCGUGUGUGUGCCAUUCGACAGUGCCAAGACACUGUAGGUAGUCAUCAGGACCUCGUAGGCCCCUACAGUGCCACUGUAAUAUUCAUCUCUCAGAGGACUGAACCUCCAGCCAGCACCCACAAAGACACUGUGGAAACCACCAGGCUGCAACGGACACUGACUGACGAGCAGUGUGCUGCGGUCAUCCUUGUGAUCUUUGCUGUAUUCUCCAUUCUGGUUGCCUUUAUCAUUCAGUACUUUGUAAUCAAGUGAAAAUGUAACUUUCUGUUAGAAUGCUUCCAUUCAUUACCUUUCUUUUGUCAUGUUCCACAAAUAUUUCUGUUUUGCUUUUACAAGAGCAGUGGCAUUUAGCACUGGCAUUGGGACUGUAGCACACACCAUUUUUGCCACUUAAAAUGCUUAUAUUGUUAGAUAGAGGCUGGCACUUUAUUAGAACGCAAGCCACAGAAAUAUCAAGUAUUUUUUGAACAUGCCUUCUUAUACUACAAACUUUAUAUGAGGCAAAAAUAUAAUUGAGAUUUUGACCAGUCAGCAUGAGUGUAACAGUGACACACCUAUUCCUACUUUAAAAGAUUACCAACUGAAGCAUUCAGAAUGAGACAAAGCAUUUAAAAGUUACACUGACACAUGCUGCAUAAAAUGUUAGAUGCUGUGAAAGCAAUCUCGCGCUGUAUUUCUACCUCCUCAUUUGUCUUAAUUAUUUGGGAAGUGGGAUUAUGAUAAAUAAUUGAGGGGACUUUCUCAGGCAGCAAACAAUAAACUGGAUGGACAAAUUGAUGUGAAAGGAGGAAGCUUCUAAUUUGAUAAAUGUGGAGUUCUUUACUGCAAGUAGAUAUUUAUAAAACUUACAUGGUGGCACCGGCAGUUUAUCUUGCCUGAAAACAAGUUUACUCUUAAAGGUACCUCUUCAGUAUCUUGCAAACAUGGAAAAGAGAGGGCUUUUAGACAGUUACUUUUUAAAAGUAAUUGGAAUCACUUUAGGACUUCACAUCUAUUUAAUUUGGUUUCAGUUUAUGGUUGUUUGUAUGUGGGUUUAUCUCCACAUACUUACAUGCCAUAUAUGUAUAUAUACAUACCAGUAUGUAUGACUAUAUAUACUCCAGCCCUCUGAUGUACAAAGUUUGUAGGAUUACCAUAAGUUUUGCUGCUUCCCCUACAACUACUGCCAUCACCCUCAGCAUUUAGAAUCAAACAUUAUCUCUUUGUUUAGGGGCACCAGAUCUGAAGUGAAAAUGUAAUUUGCACCAGAAAACUUCAAGCUGCUUCCUUUCUUGAAAAAACUAAUGUUUAAUGUAAUGUCUGUUUGGAGACUGUACCAAAUUGUUGAUUGCAUGUGGUUAAUGUUGCAUUAGAGCACUUUGCAAUUGCAAAAUUCAUCAACGUUUUGUGAGCUUGCAUUUGUGAGUUCGUGGAGAUGAUCAGACUGAAUUUUUCAAGUAUCACAUUGAACAUCUUUUCAGAUGUCAGUGACUGCCAGUAACAUACAGCUUGUAGUAAGGCUCUCUAAAAUUCUUGUCUCAUCACAUCUAUAUUAUCUGUUAAACACUUGUAAUAUGCCUUCUUAAUUUAUUAUUUGAUUUUUUUUUAGGGUAGUGAAUCACUAAUUACUUAGUUGCUGGGUUUAGCAUUUUAAUGGUUAUUAAGCACUUCUGUCAGUCUUUUUAAAAAAAGAAACGUUUGUUUUGUGCUUUGAAGAUCUUUGAAGAAUUUCUCUAUUAGAAUGGGCAUGUAUCGUACUUGUUUCACGUCCAAUGAUCUGUGCUGUUGAAUAACAUUAACUUUUGUUUAAAAAAGGAAUGGAUAAACUUGGCCUUCCUAAGGUAAGAAUGACCUGUCACUAUAAUGUACUGUAUGUUUACAUUUUUAUUUUAGUUCUGACACUUCUGUAUAGGCUGAUGCCUUCCCACAAAACAGAGUGAUAGCAAACAUUUUCUAGAAACUUAUUAAAGUGCCAUGUUUGGCAGUACAAAUGAAGUUGAGUGUAAUACCCCAGAGAUUUCUAUACAGUUGAAUGUCUAAAAUGGUAAGAUUUGCCACUGUGGUCAAGCUCCAGUGGCUUGUUUUUCAUAGUAAAACUCAAAUGAACUCCUAUUUUUGAUAGUAAAUGUCAUUUAAUAGUGUAUUUGCCAUUUGAGCCUCACUGCAAAUUACUGCAGAGGAGAAAACAAUUUUUAAUGUAAUCUUAAUUUUACCUCAUAUACUGUACAUUCCAAAAAAAAAAAAACCUCUAAACUUUUUAAAAUGUUAUAGAUACACUACCAAACAUAUCACUUUAAAAUUGUAUAAUGUUGAACUUCAUAUAAAUGAAAAGUAUAAUCUCAUAGAAAUAUACAUAAACUAUGUAGCAAAAAGUAUCUUUAAAAUCUGUGGAAAAUAAAAAUUGUAUCAUUCUUUU